AUUUCGAGUUAGUCUAACAAUUUCCUGUACGAUUUUACAAUUUUCCCGACGAGCAAAUGCCUCGGAAGCGUUCUAGAUCCGAAAACUACGAGGAUCACAUUGCGAUUCAUCAUACGCUUCAACCAGUGACGUUCAUUGAGGAAGAGUUAAUUCUGGUGUGGCGAUUCCCAGUGGACAUAUCCCAAUCUUCUAUCGGUGGACGGACAACUUUAUCAAAUGCCUGUACCCUCAUUGCUCUGAAAAUUGCCGAGCUCGUCCAUAUUCAUGACAUCAAAAUGCCAAUACCGUAUCCAACUCGAAAUGAUCGUGUGGCGGCCGGUGCUGAGAGGACGCAGCGGAAACAUUAUAUUCGUAGCUCUGCAGAUGAGACGGUUGUGGAUAACAAUGGUUUUGAAACUACUUGCCCACCGCGACUUAUUGGUUGUCUGAUUAAUGGGAUUGUGGAUGGAAAUGACACUUAUUCAAAGCACGCUGGUGACGAAUCUACGAGAAAUUACAACUUGCCAGAUGCAAUCAAAGCAUGUGAUCUUAGUUUUUCGGAAGUUGAUUUCAAACUAACUACUGGAUCAAUCAAAGAAUCUCUACCAAAACUAAUCAAGAUGGCUGUUCGGCAUCCAUUAUUUCAAUCGGAAAGUCGCCUUGUCUUCAUCAUGAUGAGCUGUGUUCGAACAGUUUCGAUUAUUUUCGAUAGAAAUCAGGACACGCUAACUCUAUUCGACGCACACCAGCAUUACUGGCCAGAUAAUAAAAAAACUUAUAAGCACGGCGCUCUCAUUGGUACUUGUAGCUACAGUAACUUGCACUCAUUUGCAAAAUGGAUAGAAAAUUUUGUGUAUCCGGAUGUCGCCGACCAUGUUAAUGCAUUUGAAAUUUCGCUGAUAAGAAUUACGGAAGCCGGCACUAACAAAGCUCAAGGUGUAUGUAAAUAUCCGGAUAAUAAAUUCACAACGAUCCGAACGCCAGUUUUCCAGGCUAUGAAUUUGCAGGAGGACAAAGAAAAUCUGAAAUUGUCGGACCAUCCAGUUCUCCUCGGCAUUCUCUCCAAACCCCCAAUCGUAAAAUGUGGAGUAAAACGACGACACGACUCAGAAAAUGGGGAAAACGAAUUUACAAUAAAAUUAAAGAAGAAAUCGCCUAAAACGACUUCUGAGCGGACUUAAUUACAACUUGGAAGAUUCUCAACAAUGUGCCAUCGAGUUUUAUGUGAUAUACAGUUUUUCUCUAGUAUUUAGAAUAAAAGUUUUUAAUAAAU